GGAUUUCCUCCUCGCGACGACUCAUCCUGGCACGAGGACACAGCAGAGGACGCGGUAGUUGGAGAAGAAGUGAAGAAGAUGGCUGGUUUCCCGUCGGUGAAGGCCGCUCCGUUCACGUACGCAUCGCACGCGCUGGCAGUGGCCUCGGCGGCGAUGGUGCUCGUCUGGUGCGUCCACUUCCGUGGCGGCCUCGCCUUCGAGUCCUCCAACAAAUCCCUCAUCUUCAACAUUCAUCCAGUUCUUAUGCUGAUUGGUUUUAUCAUCAUCGGGAGUGAAGCUAUAAUGAGCUAUAAAACUCUGCCAUGGAAUCACGAAAUGAAUAAAAUUGUCCAUUUCACUCUUCAUGCAAUUGCUCUUGUACUUGGUGCUGUGGGUAUUUAUGCUGCCUUCAAGUUCCACAAUGAAAGCGGAAUAGAUAAUCUGUACAGCUUGCAUUCUUGGGUUGGGCUUGGGACAAUCAGUCUAUAUGGUAUUCAGUGGAUUCUCGGGUUUGUAACCUUCUUCUUUCCUGGUGCUCCACCCGCACUGAGAGGCAAAUCUCUUCCUUGGCAUGUAUUAUUUGGGCUGUUCGUCUACAUUUUAGCUGUGGCCACUGCAGAGCUAGGCUUCCUGGAGAAACUCACUUUUCUGGAGAGUUCAGGCCUCUACAAGUAUAGUUCAGAGGCCUUCUUGAAUUUCAGGUAAUAGCGAUCCCUGGAUCAAUUAUUGCAAGUUGUGUAGAAUUAUAACAUCUGUUUUCCUAUAGCUACGCUAAAAGGGAGGAAGUAAACCGUGACAAGUGAGAUAGGUAUAAGCUGGACUGCAAUUGGCCUAGCUGAUACUGUGUUGUGCUGUUCAUGGCCUACUAGAGUGAACCUACAUAGAUCAAGUUUGUAUUGUGGGAUUUUGGAGAGCUGUAGCUGCUCGUUUGGUACAGCCUGUGAGCUCCUGUAAUUGGAGCCCCAGGGGAAGAAAGCUAAAAGCACAAAAGAGAAAAAGGAAAUCUUCUAGUAGUGAGCUUUUCACUUUGAAGAGGCGGAAAGAGUUUUGCAUAGUAACCCUUGGGGACAGCAAAGGGCUGUGAUGCCAACCUGCUAAAGUUAAAGUCUAAACUUUAGUAGACAAUGACACUGCAACAUUGGAACUUAAGGAUAAGUGUUACAGUGUCUUAGGAGAAUCAGAUCAUGGUUUCUUGUAGAAACUUGCUUUUUGUUUGUGAACAAACAGGUGGCUACGAGGCAGCUUUUAUACAAAGAUGACAAGUCUAGCAGUAAAGCUAUGUCCUAUGUUUCCUUUUCUUAGUUCUCUGGAUAAAAGCAGAAUUAUUAUAAGAUGAGAAGUUGCUAGUUUGAGUAUGUUUUAUGUUUUGAAGAGUACAUUGAUACAUUUGAUUCUUGUUAGCAAAGUAAUAUAAGUUGUUCUUGAUA